CAUUUCAGUGUUGUCAGAUAUCAGACCCUAAAGAUGGGUCGUGUAAUUCGUGCUCAGCGUAAGGGAGCGGGAUCCGUCUUCAAAUCCCACACAAAAAGGAGGAAGGGAGCGCCGAAACUGCGUUACCUUGACUUCUCCGAAAGACAUGGCUACAUCAAGGGGGUAGUUAAAGAAAUCAUGCAUGACCCUGGUCGUGGUGCCCCCUUAGCAAUGGUACACUUCAAGGACCCCUACAAGUUCCAAACUAGGAAAGAAUUGUUCAUUGCCCCAGAAGGAAUGUACACUGGCCAGUUUCUGUACUGUGGAAAGAAAGCCAGUCUUCAAAUUGGUAAUGUUUUGCCUGUUGGUACCAUGCCUGAAGGUACUAUUGUGUGUAAUUUAGAAGAAAAGACUGGUGAUCGUGGUCGAUUGGCUAGGGCAUCUGGUAAUUAUGCCACUGUCAUUGCCCACAAUCAUGAUACAAAGAAGACCAGAGUCAAGCUACCUUCUGGUGCUAAGAAAAUUAUUCCCUCCAACAACAGGGCUAUGGUUGGUAUUGUAGCUGGUGGUGGUCGUAUUGACAAACCCAUCCUGAAAGCCGGUCGUGCCUACCACAAAUACAAGGUGAAGCGUAACUGCUGGCCUAAGGUGCGUGGUGUGGCCAUGAACCCUGUGGAGCAUCCUCACGGAGGUGGUAACCACCAGCAUAUUGGUAAGGCUUCCACUGUCAAGAGGGGCACUUCAGCCGGUAGAAAAGUCGGUCUUAUUGCUGCCCGUAGGACGGGUAGGAUUCGUGGAGGCAAAGUGGAGACAAAGAAGGAUGAUUAGGGGAUUGAAGAGGGAUCAGUGUAUUUCUUGCAGGCCAUUUUUAUUGACUGGAUUUUUGUGGAUUGUUGGAAAUAUAUUGAUUGGAAAUUG